AUGGCUGCCACGCGUCUACCCUAUAUGCGAAUGAUCAUGUAUGGUCGUUCCCCACAAGAAAUAAAGACAUUGCAUCAGCAGUACGGUGAGGUAGUCCGUAUUGCCCCCGAUGAGCUUUCCUUCAUCCAUGGAGAUGCCUGGAAGCCCAUCUAUGGUACUCGUGUUGGCCACAGCCAGAAAAUGAAGGAUCACCGGUUCUAUGGACCAACCGGCAACGGAGCUCCGAGUAUCAUUCUCUCCAGCGAUACAGAUCACUCUCGCUUUCGGCGUUUGUUGUCACACGCAUUUUCUGACAGCUCGUUGCGUGAGCAAGAGCCUAUCAUCAAGGGCUAUGUUGACCUUCUGAUGCAGCGCCUGCGUGAGAACAUCGCUUGUGGGAAAAGCGCCGUUGAUAUGGUUGCCUGGUAUAACUUCACGACGUUUGAUAUCAUUGGGGAUUUGGCAUUUGGUGAGCCAUUUGACUGUUUGAAGAAUUCGAAUUACCAUCAAUGGAUUUCCAUCCUUUUCGGCAGUAUCAAAAUGAGCUCUUAUUCAAAUGUCGCUCGGCGUUUUCCUGGAUGGAACUAUAUCCUCCCAUUGAUUGCCCCAAAGCACAUCUUGUCUCAGAAAGAGGCCCACAUGGCAUUGACCACGGCAAAGGUCAACAGUCGACUGAGAAAGUCAAACGAGAGACCUGAUUUCUUCGCUAAUAUCUUGAAGCACAACAACACUGAAAAGGGGUUCAGCAUUCCGGAGAUGAUCACCAAUGCUAGCAAUUUGAUCAUUGCCGGUUCUGAGACUACUGCGACUUUACUUUCCGGGGUGACAUUUCUAUUGUUGAAGAACCCCCGCGUGCUUGCGAAACUUCAGGAUGAAAUCAGAUCGGCGUUUACAAAGGAGGAAGAGAUCACGCUUGAGAACUGCAACAAGCUGGAGUAUUGCCUUGCCACGCUCACUGAAGCUUUGAGAUUAUAUCCUCCCGUUGCAGCUGGGCUUCCACGCAUUGUCGAUGCUCAGGGUGACAUGAUUGCCGGGGACUGGGUCCCCGGAGGUACCAUCGUCUCCGUUUCUCAUCUAGCCGCUAGUCAUUCGCCUAUCAAUUACACCGACCCAGAGCAAUUCGUCCCAGAGCGUCAUCUAGGUGAUACUCGCUACGCAAAUGACAGCAAAAUCGCAAUGCAGCCGUUCAGCUACGGUCCAAGAAACUGUAUUGGACGAAACCUUGCAUAUGUUGAAAUGCGCAUCAUUCUCGCUCGUAUGAUCUUCAACUUUGACAUGGAGUUGGAGCAACCAGGACAUAACUGGCUUGAACAAGAUUGUUUCCUUCUUUGGGAUAAACAUCCGCUCAUGGUAAAGUUGAGCCCCAGAGCCUAA